UUCCCGCCUUCCCCCCAAACAGCCGUCAGUCGUGUUUUGGUGUUUUAAUUUGGAUUGCCGUGCGUAUAGCGUGCUUAUUAUUUUUGUCAAAUGUUUACGUUACUGAUGUUAGGUCUAUCAACAACCGUGUUUUAUGUGUAAAAUUCAAUUAAUAUCAUCAGUGACUCGGUGAAUUAAUAUUUUCAAAUGGAUUGAGUGACGAUGUUACCACCUACAACCGGUAUAGCACAGGAACAACGUGACCGGACUGAAAUGGAGUAUCAGCAACGACGCGAUGUAAGGGAAAUCACUCGAGAAAUCAUCAGAGAAGCUCGUGUAUCAAAUAGAGAAUCCGUGUCCCCUGGAGCUCGGGACCGAUUCCCGUCGACGUCGUCAACGGACGACAAUGAGUCCGGGACGGAUGGCGAGCUCGACAGGUCCCGGAGAUCUGGCCUGUCGCAUGUGCACGUCGGACCACCACCGGGGGGUAUGAUAGUGCGCAGGCGGCGCGGCAACCUACCGAAGCACUCAGUGAAGAUUCUCAAGCGAUGGCUGUACGAGCACCGCUACAACGCCUACCCCAGCGACGCGGAGAAACUCACGCUCAGCCAGGAGGCCAACCUGACAGUGUUACAGGUAUGCAACUGGUUCAUAAACGCGCGGCGCCGCAUCCUGCCCGAGAUGAUCCGGCGCGAGGGCCACGACCCGCUGCACUACACCAUCUCGCGCCGCGGCCGCAAGCAGCUGGGCUCGGGCGGUGCCGGCUCCAGCACAGGCGUCGUCGUCGAGUGGGACGGCGAGGGCGAGGGCGAGGCGGAGGGCUCGCCGGGCGCGGAGUACGGCGACGGGCUGCUGGUGUACCGCAGCGACGGCGACGAGCUGGGCGACGCGGAGGAGAGCUACUCGUCCGCCGCCAGCGAGGAGGAGGUCAAGUACGACCCGUCCGUGUGGCAGUCCGUCAUCCGCUACGGGCCCGACGACGCGGACGCGCACCCGGCGGCGCGCGGCGCGCAGGCCGUGGUGACGGUGCGCACGGCGGACGAGGAGGAGGCCGAGGCGGACCCCGGCUGGCACGCGCACCUUCCGCAGCUGCCGCACCCGAGGAGCCGCAAGCUGCAGGUUGUAGGCGCUCACGGCGAGGGCGAGCGGGACAAGUUCAAGUGCCUGUACCUGCUGGUGGAGACCGCGGUUGCCGUGCGCCAGCGUGAGAAGGAGCAGGAAGAAGUGCCCGUCUAGUGUGACACACGUAAAGUAACACGAAAGUGACUUCACUUCACGGCAAGGAAUUGUACGGUAUGCUCAUAUUACUUCCGUUAAGGCUCGCGCACACUUGGACGCAACUGACUCAACGUGUAAAAAACAUCAAGAACAUGUUUUUAAAUGAUAUUAUCACAAGGAUUAAGCUCUUUAAAUUUCCGAACGAAUACAAGCUCUAUGCGACCCAGACUUAUUAGUGUGCGCCUACCUUUAUGAAUACUCCAUAGCAUACUGUAUACGUUAGUCAUUUAAUUAUGAUUCAUUUAUUUUUUCAGCUAUGGCUGGGACUAUUAAGAUAUAAGAAGUUUUUAAGUUAGUUUAUAUGUUAAUCUUCACAGUAGCUACUCUGUAUCAUCAUCAAGUUAUAUUCACUAAAAUACUUGUGUAUAAAUAAAGAUUUGGAAGGAUUUGUUUUAUGUUAUAAUAAAAUAUAUUUUUUUUAGUUUAAAGCACUAAAAUAUUUUAGUUUAUAGUCAAUAAAAUUAUUUCUAAAAGAGGUUUGAAAAAGGUUUUAUAUUUCAUUGAUCAUUAAUUAUCGAGCUCCACGGCUCGUAUGAACGUGUCUACGUUACGUAGUUUAUAUUAACUUAUACGCACGUAGCAUCGAAUAACUAUAGAAUAAAAUACGUUAUUAAUGUAGUUUAAUAAAAUAAUACUGACUACUGGUUAAGCAAAAAUAUUUAUAUUAUUUAAUACUUCAGAAAAACUCAAAGUUUUUCAUUCCUUGUUUGUUGACACUAAUACUAUGACUACGAUCAAAAAUUAAAAAAAAAACAUUGAUACCUUAUAGUAUCAAUAUUUCAAUCAAUGUGUGGAUACUUUUAUUUUUUCAGAAUUUUUUGCAUAUACUUUUUUCUCAAAAUUAAGAGUUUCUGGAGCUAUUUUUACGUUUUAUGAACAAAAUACUGCCCUGUACAUUAAACAGUAAACUACUGUAGUUUCUGGACUAAGUGUAUUACUAUAAUAUACUCUCCAUACGUAAUGCAUAACAUACCUUAAACUGCUAAAGUACAUGUCGUAGACUGUAUCACUGUAUUAUAAAUGCGAAAGUGUCUUUGUCCUUUAAGAGGGGUCUCUCCGUCACUCGCUUCAUACAAUCGUAGUUCCAAUUUCAUUUGAAUAUUAAGCAACCAAAGUCCAUGAAAUUUUGCAGACAUAUUCUAGAAACUAAUAUCUAUAUGUCUCAACUUUUUUGAGAAAAAUAGAGUAAAUAAAAAGUAUUUAGUUUUGACAGAAACUCAUUCAAUAAUCCUACAAAUGCUAAAAAUGCAGUUAAUUUUGGGUGCUAAAGAAACUUCGCGACUAAAUUAAACCGAUUUUUGAUUUCAUUAUUUAUAUAGAAGGCGUAGUGCUUUCAUUAGCAAGACGGCUCUUAUCGUUUUUUUUAGUUACGUUUGAGCAUUUUUAAAGAGGCUUAUCAGCAUUUAUCAUCAUAAAAAGAACACUAAAUCUGAACAAACAUUGCGAAAAGAAUAGUAUUAUUUUUAGUCCUAUUUAAUGAUAAACUUUCAAUUCAAUUUUCUUUAUUGCGAAUUUGGGUUAGUUUACAGAUCUUAAUAUCUAUUCCUAGUGUUCUGCCAAAUUCUACCUUACGGCAUGCAAUAAUGCAAUAAUACAGUCAUGUCUUGUUAUUAAAAUAUUAUUUCUACAUAUUUUAAGAAGUACUAAGUAAUUCUAGUCUCAUUAUUUUACAUUUCUUAUACCUUGUCAGUUAUAUAUUCAUUAAUGGAGUAGUAACCUUUUUCUAUUAAAAACAUUAAUUUUGCUUUAAAGGAAGAAACCUCAUUCGUGGCUAUAUCUUUUGGCAAAUGAUUAUAUAGUAUUGGCCCAGUGCAGAAGAGGCUUUUUGAGAAGGAACUCUUACUAAUGGGAUGGCGUAUUAUGUGUCUUCUAAUGUCAUUGCAAUGUUCGAACAGACUUGAGUUAGAUUUAAUAAAAUUUAUUGUCUCAUAGAUAUACAUACUUGACAAUGUCAAUAACUUGUAUUUCUUAAAAUAUUGUUAUGGUCUUUGUUAGAUAUAACAUAAUAAUAUUAUGUCUUACAAAUUUUGUUUGUAUAAAUUGUAACCUAUGUCACCUGGAUCGUAAUAAUUAAUCGAUUGACAUCUCAUCCAUAAAAAUAGGCUCAGUAGUUUAGGCGUUACGGUGGAACACAUAGAUACAAACAUACAUGCAUAGACUGCUAAAAUCAUAAACCUUCCGUAGUCGAGUAAAAAGAAGCAGAUGCGUAACACACAUGUCUAACUUUGGACUCAAUUUCAUCCUAGUUUUAGGCCGUUUUGCUUAAAAAUGAGCUCAGAUUUAAAGUGUAAUUACACCAUUUUGUUUGCCAGCUCCUCGUCUCAUAUCUAAAAUGAUAUCUAUUUACAACCAAAUUAAAACUAAUAGCUUUAAAUGUCGCAAUAAAGUUUAAUAUAUAUUGUAUUAAUUAAGGCUUCUAUAUACUUACAUUUACUACCUACAUACACAUUUAAUUAUGAACAUAAUAUUAUAAACUUCAUUGGUUUUCCGUCUUAUUUUGCCCUUCAUAUAUUAUAAGGAUAAGAAGAUUUACUACAUACUUUAAAUUAAUGAUUUUAGGCUUAUUUCAACAAAUGUAAAUAUCAAUAAUUCAAAGUCGUAUUAGUCGUGGUACGUAAUUGUUAUUUACAAUAUAACAUAUUUAAUCAAUCAAAUACAAUUAAACUAAAAACACUGUUUUAUAAAACUUUUGUACUAAAUCAAAAAGUAAGAUUUUCGCACCAAACUUUAUUAGGGCUAGUAUGAGAUUUUACAUCUCGCUAACGUUUUUAGAAUUCGAAGUCGAAACACGAUAAUGUCAAAGUAAAAUGUACCUAAAAGUCCUUGAUUUAAAGUCACGCAUAAAGUAAAAUGUUCCUAAACAGCCUUGUUUUAAUGCUCAAGUUUGUCCAUACGUCUACAGCCAGCGCUCUUAGUGGAAACGUUCGAAAUUAAAAUAGAUGGUACGUAAUUUUUUACUUUAAAUCUAGUACUUUAGGUACAUUUUACUUUGACAUUAUUUUGUUUCGACUCUCGAAUUCUAUCAAUGUCGGCGAGGUGUAGAAUCUCAUUGCAAGCAUACUGUAAAACAUAAUAUUUAGUUUUUAUAUCAAAAAAAAAAUAGAAGAUCGGUUUAUAUUUUGUGUUCCUUCCCUAUGGUUCCAAUUACUUUAAAUACGAUGACUAUUAUAAUAACAUUAUCUAUAUUUAAUCUUAAUUGACUUUAUCAAUCGAUAAUCGAUUUAUAUAUAUUUAGUUUUGAGAAGAACCCUUUAGGAUAUUUUAAUUGUUAUUUUAGAACGCUUAAGAGACCAGCAUGUAAAAGUUUGAGAUCUAUAGAGCGCACUUUGACAUAAGUCAGAGUUAAAACGAGACAGGUUUAUGAAGCUAUAAGUCUAUCUCAUUUUAACUAUGGUCUCUUACGCUGUAAUAGUGUCUGUACUGGAUAAAGAGGUGUUAAUUUAUUAGCUAGUAAGUGCGUAAAGUAACUUUUUGUUCAUUUAAUGGUGCAAACACAUUGUUUAAUCACAUGAAAGAAAUCGAUCAGAGGCAUACAAUCUGUUGCUGUUCGCUUUGGCGCGCCCCGAUUGAUUGAUUUUUGCCCUACAUUGCGUUGUAAUGCCCAUAACACAAUCAUGUGUUUGCAUCUUAAGUUAACAGAAAUUUCUGUCAAAAGAAAUUCGGAUGCGCGCUGGAAAGCACUGCUCAUGCACUCUAGACCCGCAGACGGGGUAUCGGACGUACGCUUCUAAUAUUCGUAGAGAGAGUGAGACAGAAAGUUUUUUGACAGACAAUUUCUGAUAAUGCGCCCUUAGUGUUAAAUAUUAACUUAAGGCGAUUAUUUCUUUUAUCUUAUGCCUGAGUACAACACUCUGAGGUUUAAGAGUUUUAAGCGUGUUCCUGUAUAUAUUUGUGUAAGUUCGUAACUUGUUAGCGAGUUUAAUUAAAGAGUAUGAUUUC